AUGGUUACACAACGCCAGGGUUGCACCGCACCACGAGGCUUUAUGCAACGAAUUCCAAUGAAGGCACAGCUCCGAAGUAAGUUGCAAGAUCAGCUCGAGUGUUAUCUCCACAUUGAGCCUCAAAACAAUAAUAUACCUUGUGGCCUGAUCGAGGCAUAUUUUGAUGUUCCCAAGUCUGGAGGUACGAACUAUGAAGUUCAAUUGCCAGCCAAAGAGGAUCCCAAGCCUGAAGAAUUGCAGAAACUGCAAAAUCUUUGCCGUCUCAAAGUCCAAGUUUUGAGCCGAGAACUCGAUCCACUACCACAUUCAGACAAAGGAAAAGGUGUAGCGCGCCCUACAGAUUCUGGUUCAGACGAAGUACCUCCAAGCCUUCUUACAAAAGACCGGCCAGAUACAAUUCGUAUCAAGAACAUACCUAUAACAUACACGAGGGAAAUUGUCGAAAUGGUCAUUAAAACAGAGUGGCGCAGCGCACCUAGAAUACAUAGUCUUGCACUUCAUACAAAAGAGUAUCUUUACGCCACGGUUACUUUUCCGGAUGAAGAGUUUGGUUUUCCGACAACACAGCUGCCAGCCGUGAUCAAAGCACGCCAAUCGCGUCCAGAUGCACCGGAGAUACAAUACGAUGCGGAUUUCCUGGGCCUUACAACAUUAUACAAUGCCAGCUCUGAAAGGUUACCAGUUGAUGUUGAUAUCGUGGCUGUGGUCGGCCUCGGGACGCACGCAUUUGGAACUUUUCGCUCCCCAAUCCAUGGCAGCCAUGAUAUGUGGCUGCGAGACUUUCUGCCAAAAGAUAUCCAGAAUACAAGGGUUUUGUUAUACGGAUAUCCUUCUACUGUUUCUGGAGGCCAAUCAAUGGAAAAAGUUGAGGAUAUCGCAACUACUUUCUUGAAUCGAUUGGCGCUACUCCGCAAAGCCACCUCGACUCCAAAACGACCCAUAAUAUUCAUCGGACAAAGUCUGGGAGGUUUGAUAGUGCAAGAAUCUCUUCUCAGAGCUGCUGAUAGUCAUGACCAAUACGAAAGGGAAAUAUUUGACUCCUGGCACGGUCUUGUCGGCUUCGGAAUUCCGAUUGCAGGUCUAAACAACCCCUCACUCAUUGAAGCUGUAAAGCAACAGCCCAACGAAGUAUUGAUCAGUCAGCUGUGUCGUGAGAAUGGGACUCCCUCCAACUAUCUCAUUGAGUUAAAAAACAGAUUUGAGGGAUGCUGCAAGCGAAAAGAAAGGUCCUCGUAUGCACCAGAAGUGUUGUACUUUUGGGAAAAGCAUUAUUCGCAGCCUAGAACUCGUAAUGGUGUUGUGGGAGAGAAAAUUCUCAUGGUUAAGGAUAGUGCUACCCCAGGAGCUAGGAAUUUGCCACUAAAUUCUGAUCAUUCCAAAAUGGUAAAAUACAGCAGCAGAUCUGACCUGAUUUUCGAAGAUGUUUCAAAUAAUAUCAAAGGUAUGGUCGAGAGUCUGAUAGAGCUGAGAGAUACCGCUUUAGCGUCCAGUCCAGUAAAUGAUACUCAACAUGGAAGGGGCAACCAAACCACCAAAGGGUCCUCAGCUCUGAGAAGAAGAGGCACAUUUCUUUCCGAAGACGAAUUGGAUGCGACAUUGGCGUAG